AUGACGGGGGAACAGGGAACGAUUGUACGUGCACGAGCUGCUGAAGAUGCAACUCUCUCACCGAUGUAUCUUCAUGCAUCAGAUGGUCCGGGGAACCUCAUUACGACGGUUCAAUUGAAAGGGGAAAACUAUGAAGAUUGGUCCAAGCAUAUGCGGAAUGCCUUGCGGACUAAAAGGAAACUAGGUUUCAUUGAUGGAACUAUCACGAAACCAAGGACGACAAAAGAGGUAGAACAGUGGGAGGUGGUUAAUUCGAUGUUGGUGGCAUGGAUAAUGAACACCAUAGAACCCACUUUGAAAUCUUUGGUUUCUAUGGUGGAGGAAGCCAAGGUGUUAUGGGAUGAUUUGAAGUUACAAUUCUCGGCAGGGAAUGGACCGAGAGUUAGUGAGCUCCGAGCUGAUUUGGCGAACUGUAGGCAGCAAGGAGACACUGUGAUGGUAUACUUUGGGAAACUUAAGAAGAUGUGGGAUGAGCUGGCUGUGUAUAAACCAAUUCGAUCGUGUAAGUGUGGAGAGAUGGCGGUGCUGUUGGAAGCUGAUCGAGAUGAAGAACGCACCAACAUGUUUCUUAAUGGUUUGGAUGCCAAGUUUGGUACCGUGAGGUCCACGCUUAACAGUCUUGAGCCCCUUCCAAAACUUUCACAAGUUUAUCAGAGGAUAGUUAGAGAAGAGAGACAACUGAAUAUGACUCGAGAUAAAGACGACAAAGUUGAUGAUGUCGGCUUUGCUGUCUCGACGGGGUUUCGUAAUCACACGCCCUCAUAUCAAGAGCGUGAGAAGGACGUCACUUGCACACAUUGUGGCAAGUACGGACAUGCGAUGUCUGAUUGCUUCCAAAUCAAGGGAUAUCCGGAGUGGUGGGGCGAGAGAGGAAGAAACAUGGCUGGUCGUGGAGGUCGUGGAGGUAGAUUUGGUCGUGGUGGAGGUGCGGUUGGAAGCUUUGCUGGUCGGGGGUCGUGGCGCACCGGCUGGUCGUGCCAAUGCGGUUCAAGUUGGACCAGCAACAGCUACAGCGGCAUCAAGUCUUGUCCAGAAAACAGAGUUUGA